AUGACCGAUGACACAGCAGAUGUGUAUGAAGAUAAAUUUCUGGAUGCUGCUAACGACGGGAGAGGAUCAUUCAGACCAACACUGAUAUUAAUUGGGACGCGACUGGGAAUCGAUCGUAUUACACCCGUGUACUGGGAUGCGGUAAAAACCACAUUGCAACUCCCCCAAUCCGUAGGAAUAGCUGGUGGACGCCCAUCAGCAUCGCAUUACUUUGUCGGUGUUCAAGGCUCGCACCUAUUUUACCUUGACCCCCAUCAGACUCGCCCAGCGUUGCCGCAGCGCAAUAUCGAUGACCCAUACACAGAUGAAGAGAUAGAAACCUAUCAUACUCGUCGCCUCAGGAGAAUCCAUAUUCGAGACAUGGAUCCGAGCAUGCUUAUCGGCUUCAUUAUAAAAGACAGAGAAGACUGGGCACACUGGAAGAGCGGGGUAUCUGCUCAGGAGAAACCUAUUGUACAUGUGCUCAGCGAAUCAAACACUGCCGUCUUCAAAGGCCGUGAAGGGGCGAUCGAUGAGAUUCCGAUUUCUGGUAGGGGAAGGAAAAUUGUGCAACCAGCCCCAAAAUCCGAGUUAUGUUACACCGCAUUCUCGUCGCGAAUGAACCAUGAACACAUUCAACCCAAAGGGCAUCAGCAAGUAAAAAAAAAAGGAAAAAUAUCAAACCAUCCCAUGACACAUUAA